AUGACACACUUUACUACAAAAGAAGAAGAGGCACUAAUUUAUGGUUGGGUAAUAACAAGCAACAAUCCGAUUCAUGGAAAAGAUAAAAAAGAUGCAGUAUUUUGGAGGAAGAUUAUUGAAGAGUAUAAUAAAAGAAAAGGUCCCGAUGGUGUAGAAAGAGAUAAAAAGGCAUUGCAAACAAAGUGCAACACAUUGAGAGCCGAAGUGAAAAGAUAUCUUUCACAUGUUAGGCCCUACUUCCGAAACAGACCUACGGGGAUGACAGAGGCGGAUUAUUAUCGUCGUGGAAAAGAGAAUUAUGAAGCAGAGUCUGGAAAACUUUGGAAGCACAAAUCGGUGUUCCAGAUCCUGAAGACCUAUCAACCCGAUUACAACCCUGCGGUGAAUAAUGAUGAUGGAGCCAGUACUUCCACUCAGCCUACUCAACAGACUCAAGCUACUCAAGAAAAUGAAGCUGAUAAUAUGGAUGAAGAUUUGGAAAAUAUGGCAAGGUUUGGUAGCACUUCAUCUACUCAUAAUUAUGAAACCUCGGACAUAUCAAAGAGAAGACGCUAUUUCGAACAAACAGAUGAUGUUAGAAGUGAAGGGAGAGAUCAAUCAAAGAAAAGGGCUCGUGAGGCUAAAGCAUCACAGAAAUCAGAUGAAAAAAUGGAUAAACUCAUCGAACUUCUUGAAAACGCACAAACACAAAGAGUGGCCAAGUAUGAAACAGAGGAAGAGUAUUUGAAGAAGAACAUGGAAAACUCUUCAAUCUUAGAAACAAACGCAGCAAAGAGAAUCGGACAUGAAGAUCCUACGACAACCCCUGGUUGA